ACGCAUAACACUCCAGCUGGUCGUGGAUUGGUCCGUCGAGAGGCCGCCAAUGCCUGGUGCCAGCCCAUUCAUAAAUAGCUAGCUGCUCGCACGGGUCAAGCGAGACAGCGGAGUAAAGAAUGUACAAGAGAGAAGGAAAGGUGGAGAAGAAGGACACGAGAGAGAAGAAAAAAUAAAGUUGGUUUCGCAAUGCAGUAGAAGGGAGAGAGAGAGAGGUGCUUUCUCAGACAAGAUGGCUCUGGGUCUACUGCACGCGCUGAGCUAGACGUAGCUGGACCGCGCUGGAGUCAACAGGUGUUCUGUGUGUGAAUGUGAAGUGUUUGUGAUGGACAGUGUCGGUGUUGUGUGUUAGCAUGGAGGUCGGUUCCUGUUGUGUACUGAGGCCAAAUACGACGGCGAGCUUGGAUGAUGAUCAGAUAGUUCCUGAUCAUCCUGGUGAUUGUUCGAGCGGUGGCUGGGUCUCAUCGGGACAAAGCUACAUAGACACUUGGCUGCAAAUGCAGACGAGCGAAUUAGACGCUUACCUGUGCAAACAGGAGCUGGAGCGACUCCAGCGCCUUGAGGAGGCGGCGGCGGCUGCAGAAGCUGCAGAGCUGGAGAUCAAACCGCGUCGCGAGUCGGCGUCGCAGAUCGACGACUUCUUCGAGGCGCCAGCAGCUCCGCACCACCCGGCUCGUCAUCACCAUCACCACCACCACCACCACGCCAACAGCAUGAGCUACGUGUCAAUGCGAACAGUGCCGGGCCCACACGCGGAAGAUGACGUCUUCCUCAAACCUCCGCUCUGGGAGGACAUCACGUCCAGCAUCCAGAAGCUGGACCCGGAGAACGCCGAGAUGCUGGCCGCCGUAAAGUUGGAGGUGCCCGACGAGGUGGCGUCCUGCGGUUCCCCCUCAAGUCUGCCCCUGAUGAACCCACCGGUCAUCAAGACCGAGAAGUUACCGCCCCCCCCCCAGCAACCGCCCCUGCAGCCCAUGCACCUCAUGACAGCGCCUGCUUCCCCGUUCAGCAGCAACGGCCCCCAGCAACAGUUCCCGCCGCAACACGGCUACAAGUUUAGUAACAACGGAAACCUACCGCCCCCCGCCUUCCCCAUGUCGAGGCUAGUUUACGUCCCGCCCCCGACACCUCCGAUCUCCGAACCUGGGUCUCCGGGAAACAAUAUUCCCAGAAGAACGCCGCCGCCCCCGUACCCCGCCCCCAACCAUCACGGCGCUGUCCCGCCCCCUGUGCCGACGUCAGCGUCUCCGACCGUGACGACGGCGCCGGUCGCCCCCAAGUACAACAGGAGGAACAACCCGGAGCUAGAGAAGAGGAGAAUUCACCACUGCGACUUCCUGGGUUGCACGAAGGUCUAUACGAAAAGCUCUCACCUGAAGGCCCACCAGCGAAUACACACGGGUGAAAAGCCGUACAAGUGUCACUGGCCCGAGUGCGAGUGGCGAUUCGCCCGUUCGGACGAGUUAACGCGCCACUACCGGAAACACACCGGAGCGAAGCCGUUCAAGUGUGCGGUCUGCGAGCGGUCUUUCGCUCGCUCAGAUCACCUAGCUCUUCACAUGAAGAGGCACCUCCCCAAGGCUCCCAAAUGACCACGGUAACAUAGCAACCGAAACUGUAAGGACAAUUAGGCCCUUUGUUCACGUUUUUUUUAAAAAAAAAUCGAAAUGUUGACCAAAUUUCUUACCACGUAGCGUUUCCCAUGAGACACUGCGCGUUGCCCAUUGCCAUACCGAGAGAAGAGCCAAUUUAUUUUCUCCCAAAAUUCUUUUGUGCCUAUUUAACAUUCGUUCAGUGUCAUUUAGAACUUCGCCACUGAUACAUGGAAUCUGAUUUCUUUUUAAAAUGAACCAUAAUUUUGGUGCAAUCAGAUGGCCGAGUGACUAGCGAUUUGUGAAUAGACUUAGUGCAAUCCAGCAAAGGAACUUUUCUCCUGUAUUACUCAAUCAUCGAAGUGCCAAGAUUCAAGUGCCUUGUGGAACAAAGACAACAUUUAAAACCAAAGUGCCAAUAAGAUUGUGCCACGUAGUGGGGAUGUGUUCAUACCGACAUGUUAUGUAGUUAAGAGAGCUAAACUAGUUUUUUAUUGAUUGUAUAUUAUAAUUUUUAUACAUUUUUCAGUCAUGAAAUAAGUCACUUUGAUACCAAUUUAUUGUAAUAAUAAUCGAUUUUAUAGAUUUAAUAUUUAUAACUUAUAAGACGCCGCUCACAGACUAACAGUACUACAGGGUUGUGGGAAAUACUUUUGAAGGCAUAAUUUGUCCCUGUCAUAAUAAUAAUAAUAAUACCGUUUCUACUUAAAAUAUUCAUGGAGGUUAUAAGAGGCCUGAUAAAAACUAUGGAGACUAAAUCUGUGAAAUUAAGCUACUGUACUUGCGUGUUUGGCCCCUUCACCAUGUGAGUAUUUGUUUCACCCUUUCCGCAAGUUCUAGAUCGACUUCUCAAGCUCAGCUUUUUGGUAUCGCCAAGGGCUUCUUCGUUGCUUUGUGCCCAUUUGCUUCUGUAUCAUAGCCGUUUCACCGUACAAGGUGUUUCUCGUGUUUAGGCAAUAACAAAAAACCCUCGCAGUUAAUCAUAUGUAGUGACCACGGAUUCUGCCUUACUUGCUGAAUACUGCAAAUUGUUCAAAAAUGUCACACACCGGUCUGAGUGGGCAGACAUGUUGUCAUGGUGAAUUUGCCGCUCGCUGGAUUCACACCUUCGCGGCCAUUUGCAAUACUCUGCAUCACAGAGAUACCUCGACGCUUGUAAAAGGAAAUUUUGGUUAAUAGCCUGGCCAAAUGGAACAUCAGAAUGGUUCAGAACAUCCUCGUAAACGAGGAAAACGUUUGUUAAACACUUGACUUGUUUUUUAUCGGCGCGCGACAAAAGGGGGAUUUUCAUUGUGACGAUUGCUUAAAAUUUUCUGGGGUCAUAACCGUAGACUCAUUUCCCGAUCUAUUUGUUUCGAAAUUGUAUUAAUUUUAUGCAAAUUAGAUCUAUUCAGAAACAACAGACAGGCAGUUUUUUUUCUGCUUCUGAAUCAGCACUCGUGGUGGACGUCGAGAUGCGACCCGUUGCCAAAUUUUUGGAAAAAAAUUUUCCUUAUAUGAGCCACGAAAAAUUCCUUCUUUUUCCACCAUUUUACUGGUGGUCGACUUCCUAUCACUCCGCUUAAGCUGUAGAUUCGUGAUUUCUACUUACGAAGGGCCUACGUGGCUUUCGUGAGUUACAAACGGGAACCCAGACGUCUCUCUGCUUCAUCUCCGGUUGCUAUUUGCUUUAGUGAUAAGUUUCUGAUUGCUUCAAGAUGGUCUCCCAAAUCUGUGGGCACGCAUUGGGACGUUCUUAGAUCGCGUCGUGACUCCACUCUUACCACGGAUGACUUAAAGCAAUGGUAUCAGCUGUAAAUACACUUGGACAUGAAUCAAUGCGUCAGACAAAAGUUAUCAAUUCCCAGUCUCCAAACUUUUUUUAUCAGACCUCGUAUAUAAAAUAUAGGAAGUGAUAUGCAGUUGCAUUUUCAGGAAGCCAAAUUCUUUGUAGUUUAUUCAAACGCUUGAGUGCCCAGGGUUUGUGUGCCAGUUGAUUCAGUAUGUUUCUUUUUUGACAGUCACGCGUUGUUAUAGAUAGUAGUUAAAAUACAUAAUUUCAUAGACGCCAUGUUCUCGAAUCUGUUUUGUGUUAGCAGAAUACGAAGUAUUUUAAGUGGAUUCUACGAAACCUCUUUGGAAGGCUUUGACGUAAUUAAGUGAUAAUGCAAGCUGCUUAUAAUUAAUUUUAAGUAAAACAUUGGACUGAACUGCUACUCAGCACACGAAAUUGAGAGUACGGGAUUCGACUACCAGUCCUUUAUAUUUUAAGUCUGUUUAAUUCUAUAAGCUCCCCGAAAAGACUCGUUUUCGAAACGUCCAUUCCUGAAAUUUAGCAACUUGACGUAAAUCUGAAGUAAAAUAAUUAAAUUUUACAACUCGUUAAAUUAACCAGAUGUUUGUUUGUCGUCUGUGAAUUAAAAUAUUAAAUUUCACGACUCUUUCUAUUAGCCACAUGAUGACGUGUGUGGUGUAAAAUGGUUAAGAUCGUGUGAAACCGGCUACAUUUUUGUGUACAUCCUGUAGUCGCAACCAAUUAUUAAAACACGUCACGGUGUAGAAUUAAUGAAUGUACACGCGGACACUGCGUCCAUAAGAUGUCACCGUCCAUCUCUCAACUGUCCUCAGCAUGCAUGCAGAUGCCUCCGUGGGCAACUGUAAGCAGUAAAACAGUAGAAUAUAAAGAAGAAUAUACUGUCCGCACUUUUGGCAUCGCGAGUUGAGAUAUCAGGUUCUCACGACGAUGAGUAUGAAGAUGGCUGUCGACGUUUUCAGUUUCGGUAAUUUUGUACCAGACUACGCAGCGUAACAUGCCGGAAGGCGGACAUCUUCAUAUUCGCCACCGUGAGAACCUGAAAUCUCGCAUACAUUUUUUGUUGUUGUUGUGGUUUUCCAGACUUCCCACUUAAGCAUGUGCCGGGACAGAAUCUUAAUUUGACCACUGCUGCUUCGUUUAACAUCCGUCCCAAUUCAUUUUCAGAAACCAAUCGGUCAUUCGACGCUAUAUAACCCGCUCUAAGCCACUGAAAGCGUCGUUGAAUAAACCAAGGAUAAAUAAGUCACAUAAAUGUGCUUCUGAGAUGCAGAGAGACGCAGAGUGGACGCAAGAAAUCUCAAUAAAGUGCCGUGUUUCAUUCUGAUUUGCAUUUUGUAACUUUUGAUAAACGCUCAGUCAGAUAACUGCUUAUAAAACCGGGAGGAGAUUCAGUUCUCCCUGGCAUUUCACGGUCAGCUAUUAAAAACUAUGGGGAGUCCUCCGAAUAUGGAGGCACAUACACGUAGGUCUCCGUGAGGCUUGCACUGCAAGCCGAUACCCACCUGAGACCAGGAACAUGUCGGCUGGCUCAGGCUGCUUGUCUUAAGCGGCUGGGAGGUCUUGCCGAGUCAGUACUGCCAACAUUUCAGGAAGAUAUCGGAAGCGACGCUCCGAACCGAUGUUUAUUACCAAGAUCGGUCUUCAAUUAAGAUCUGACAACCCUCUUAAAGCCCGAAGCUAGUCUACAUCAUAUUUAUUAAUGCAGUCCGUACCGCAAAGAAAACACCUCACUUCACCAUUACGUAGAUCAUAUAUUUAAUGCAGUUUAAGAAAAUGGUCCCUGUUAAAUGUGAGAAUCAUACGAGACCCAUAAAUACAAGGAGGAGCUUUGCUGGUUUUUAAGCAGGUGGUGCAUAUACUUACCACUGGGUUUAAUUAUAAGUAUUUGGUAAUCAUUGAUUCGUUUUCGUUCAGGAAUACCAUCUGCUGGCCUGAUUUUGUUGCAGUGGUUAAGUUAAUCAUUGUCACUGCUGCCACAAACGUAGACGUCAGGCCCCGGCUGGGGGAGUGAACUGCCGGAAACCGUUGAGAAUAAAUUAAUAAGUUAAUUUGAAGGGCGGAGCUUCAGCGUGACAGAUAUUGUGUGUCUGGAUUAGAAUUCGUUAUCAGUACAGAAAUAGUUUGACCUCGGAUCAUUUUCGCCCGUGUCGGGUAUUAAUAACGCGACCGUCUACGUAGUCGGGCUGCCUACAGACAGGAGGAUUCAAACUAUCUGGCUCAGGAUUGAGACCAGUAAAUGGCAAUGAACAGAGUCCAUAAAAGACGUGGAGCCGUCAGAUUAUGACAUUGGUUUAUAUCUUAAUGUAUAUUGCUUGCCCAGUUUGCUCCCAACUCGCAGUUUCGUCAGAACAUUUCGUCCAAAGCAUUAACAAAAUUAUUCCUUAAAUCCGCCACUGGCUCUUCUAUUGACGUAUGAAUUACAGACAACAGCCAUUAGCACAGUAAUAAGACAGU